AUGUUGAAGCUUUUUGUGAUUUUUAUUUCCUGCGCUGUUGUGUUUGGUUAGUAUUUUCUUUUUUGCGUGUGUUUUUUGACGAGUAAACACUUUACCAGGUUAUUAGCAUAAAUUGAGGUAAGCUGUAGGGCUGUAGCGCAUGCAAAUUAACGUGCUCAAAGGCACCUCCAAGUUUUGCAGUCAUUAUCUUGCUUCGCUGUAAUUUCAAUUUCGUCAAUAAGACCUUUUGCCGUUGAUGUGAGUUCUUAUAUACGAACUUCAUUGAAGAUAGCGUUGUCAAAGCAAUGGAAAAUACUGUAUGCCCUCGUGGUUGAAAUUGUAGGAAGUAAGAAUUGAAUCUCACUUCGCGAUCCUCCUUUUCUGACUUAUUUUGCUUCAAAAUUUGUAUCUUGUAGAAUAAAUAUUGUGCAAAAGGGUUUCAUCGUUUGAAACAGUCGUUUCAGAGAUUUCAAAUUACCUUUCAAAUAUGGCUUUCGGUCUUGUGUCUUGCGGUAUGCUAGAAAGAAGCCGAAGUUGUUUCCGCUUUGCACGAAAAAUCAGGACGUAUCGAUUGUGUGCGUGCACAACAAGGAAUAGAGUCUUGGCUUCAAUUCUUAUGCCAUUAGAUGUAAUACUUAAACUAAUCCAAAUUAUUUUCAUGCAAGUUUGGUAAAUGGUAGCUUUUUGUCGAGCAGAAGUUAAUUUGAGUAAGAGUAGAAUUCGAUCCAUUACGUCAUGUCAUGCAAGUUGUUUGUGACUCAUUUGCAUAACGUUAGGUCAUCACAAGCAUGGUUGGUGAUGUUGCCCUUUGGUAAGAUUCCUACACAGCCCCAUGUGUUUAUUAUGUAUAUUUUUUUUCGGCUCCAUUCAUAUCAACUAUUUGUGUGAAAGAGUAGGAAAGCGCGGCAUGUUCAUUAUCAACCCUUUGACUCCUGAGUUUUUCUGUCAUAUUGCUUCAAUUUUGACAUACAUACACUAAAUAAUAUCUCAAAAGUUCCCUUUGAGGUAAAAGUGCCUAUAAUCGUACAUAUUUAGAAAGUAGACAUAUCAGUGUUUCAACAUAUAUAUAUGUAUUAACCUAACGUUUGUUUGGAGAGCUGUUUGCCUUUAGCAGUCUGUUACAGUUGACACUGUACAUCUUGUGGCCACCGAGGCGCCCGCUUGCUCUCUUUCUUCGAUAUUUUCUUGACCAUCACACCGUGUAUCUGCAUGCUCAAGCUCUGAAUUGUUGCCGGUAUCUUCGUCCAUUUAAUCGGACUAAUCUUCACCUAACCUGAAUCACCGCUAAAAUCCGGUGCUGCGAAUAUAGUUCGAUCAACUCCAUUCGUGUCUGACGCCAUUUUUAAAGGUUAUCAUUAGCACAGCGAGGAAAUAUUGCCAAACAGUUAGUCCAAAAUGGCGAAAAACCGAUUGAAAUGAAAUCAUACGAUAAACAACUUCAUAUAAGCAUCAUAAAGUGUCAUUUGACAAAAUAUGGAGCCUUUCGGAGCCUUUUUUGGAACAAAAUUUACACCUUAUUUGGAAGCGCACCAAAAAGUGCGCUCAGGAGUCAAAGGGUUAAGGAAACAUUUUGGUCUUCCAUGCCUGAGAUAUUGCCAUGUGAUUAUUGCAUGAAAAAGUGGGAAAUGUACUUGAAAAAUACAAUGUUUCAGUAUAUUAAUUAUUGAUGCAGUUUGAGAAAAGAAACUCUUGUCAAUAGUUGUUGUAGAGUGUGUGUUAGGUGCCUAAACUAUGGUAAAGGAAGCUGCUGGGGUAGUACUUCCCCUUCUGACCACUCUCCUGUCUGUGUUCAGUGUGCUUCUGUGUUUUGUAGCUGCAGAGCCUUUAGUGCAGUCAUGCAGAUUUUCACAUGUCCAUAGACAACAGUGUUGCUUCUUUAUGAUUAACUCAUUUCGCCCUGGUCCAAAACAGCAAAAUAUACCUUGUUCAAGUAAACAAUCAUAUCUCAGCAGCUAUCUACAGCAGCAUGGAAAGCUAUAUGUCUUUUGAAAGGGCAGAAAAAAUACUUUCCAGAAAAAAAAAUAUUUUACUUUAUGGCAACCCAUAAUAUCUCACGAAAAAAUUAACAAACAUUUGUAUUUGUUGGGGUUCAAUUUUAUCCUUGGUUUAAAUGUUAUUUCCCUUUGUUUCAACUUCAUUAUCAUACAUAUUUAUCAUACCUUAAAACGAAAGAAAAUAAAAUUUAAAGCAAGGAUAAAAUUGAACCACAACAUAUUUAUUAAAAUUAUGCAAUCAUUUUGAUUGAAAAGCGAUUUUUGCAAAGUAAUAUUUGGCUCUAGGAAAAAGCUUAAAAGAGAGGAGUUCCUUUGAUGUCUGAGCAGAACAAUCCGCUUAUGUGCCUUAGGUAGUGGGACACACAGAAUUUGUUACCAAUUUUUUUCAAGACACUAUCGCAGGGUUGUCAAAAGUAGCCGGCUGCCAGCUAUUGCCCCCUACUUGGUUAGUAUCGGCCGGCUAUUCCGCUUGGCUUUUUUUUAUGGAUGGCGUUUUUUGAAUAAAAUAUCCCUGGAUUGGCGGCUUCCGUUGACAACUCAGCCGUCUACUUCAAAACUUUCUGACAACCCUACAUCACGUUAUACAAAUUACCUAAAUACUCAUUUAUAUACUUCAAUACUGCUCUUAGGGUGACUUGUUUAUUACGGAGCAUUGCAACAAAAACUUCAAUUUUAACCCAGGAACAUUAACUUAAAGAUAGAUUCCAGAGUAAAAGCAGGCUUUUGGGAUUGGAAAGCCAAACUGAGAUGUAUUUCAUCGCAUUUCAAAAACACGUGGCUCUCUCUUCUGUGAAGUGAGACGCUAAGAUUUUCACCUAUCAAUUGCCUCAAUUUUUGCAGUUAUUCAGUAGCUGAGAAGCCAAACAACAUCCAAAACUAUAGUAAAACGUACCCACUAUCGAAAUUCACGUCCAAAACAUGGAUUCAUAUUCCCAGUCGUCCAGUCGUCCCUACAAACUUGUAUGGAUGAUUAAGAUAACUUCAAAAGUUGCCAUUUGGAUGAGUGAGGUUUUGUUCAACCACAAAAUCUUUUCAAAAAUUCUUAUAUGAUUUUAUACUUUUUCCCUGUGUUCUGAUUACUUCUCAUCCACUUAAAACAUUUAGAAUAAUGGAGAAUAACAAGCAGCUUUUGUCUGCAAUGAAAUCAUAAGUUUGUCAUCUGGCUUACUUGCCUGGCUGAUGACUCUGAGAAAAAAUGAAUUUGGAUCCCUGCCAAAGGCAUUUCUUGAUUGCGGAAAGCAUCGUAAAUUUUUCCUGCAUUGUGAGCCAUUUUUUACCAUUUAUAAAAAUUACUGUGACAAGCAUAGGCACGGUUGGGGCUGAAACUAGCCAGGUAAAUGGCUCAAACAGUCUACUUCCUGUGUGCCACAUUUGGUAGUGAUUGGAAGUAACAGAUUUUUUGAGAAUUUUUUUCUCUAGAGAUUGACAUUUAUAGGACUUGGGGGAAAUUAUUAUCCAAAUUAUUAUCCAAAACGGCAAUACCUUGGACAUUCUGAAAGCAAAAAUAGCUGAUAUUCAGAUCCAAUUUCUAAUUCACUGGUAUUUUUUCCACUUGAAAAGAAAGAAUAUAGGAAUUGUAAAUCAUUUAAGUCAGGUUUGCACCUUUUUAGGAAAUAAUGGAAGUUUCCUUUAGCACAAGGUUCACAUUGUUUUUGCUGACUGUUAAACGUUAUUUAUCUUGUAGAAGACAGUCAUGGGGUUAUGCUAUCACCAACACCCUCGCCGACAAGCUCACUCAAAUCAACUACUGCAACAAAACAAUCAAACUCAACAAUGUUGUCCGUUCAGAGCCUUGCAUCAACACCUGCAAAUCAGACAACAUCAGCAAUGACAUCAAGACAUUCAGCAAUACCAAGUAUUGUAACUUCCACAGCAACACCAUCAACUGCUGCAAUAAAUUCAACUAUUUCUCCAAAUUCGACUAUUGCACCAAAACCAACUCUUACGCCGACACCAAAAAAUUCUACUACACCAAAGCCAAAAAAUUCUACUACACCAAAGCCAACUACACCAAAGCCAACCACACAGCCGCCACCAGCAUAUGGGAACUUCAGUUUGGAGGAGAAUGGCACAUUUUGUCUGCUAGCCCAAUUUGUUGCUGCAAUUACGGUUCACUAUAAAAAAACAAAUGACACAAAGGUAUGAAAAUAAGGUCUUUUGUAUAAGUUGUACAUAGGAUAAGAAUAUUAAUGUACAGUAGUUUUCAUGUCAUAUAACCCUCUAAGUCCCAAAAGUGACGAAGGUCAAAUUUCUCUUAGCAAUAUCCAUACAAUGUCAAGAGAUAAGUUUUGAGAAUUAAUUAAAUGAUCACUCAAGAGAAAAUGCCUUGAUCUUUUGUCGAAUUCUCAAAACUUAUUCUUUAAGGAAAUGUAUAGAGAUCAGUUUGGAGAAUUUGUACGUGGAUAUUGGGGCUUGAAGGGUAUUGAGCAAGCUAAGAAUAGAAAUCACCAUGUUGAUAGCAAAAAUCCAUUAGCCCUGGGUUAUUGGAUACUAAUCUCUUUAUAUACUGAUUUACUUAUAUUCAGCUUAUUUUGACUCAGAGUUUGCCACCUUGUCCUCAGCCUGUUUUGAGGCUUCUAUAAUCGUGCUAUAAUGUAUUUUACCUUUCCACCUGGGCUGCUAAGUAUGCAACUUCAAGAAAGGCACUUAAACACAUACAUUAUGCUGCGAUCAGGAUUAGCCUGAAAAAAAGUGUUGCGAUUGAGGGAAAAUUUUAGCUAGGGACCUUCCCAAAGAGGUGCAAGUAACAGUCAUAGUAGUCAUCGGGCAAUGGACAAAAUUUGCCCAUGUCCAAGAAAAUUAUUCCUACAGUCAGACAUGAUGACCAGGCAGACAGUAGGGUCGUUUAUACGAGAGAAAGUAAGCCGUGGCUUACAUAAGACGCAAACACCUCGUAUACAUGGUACAAAAUCUAUGUUCACGGCUUAUCCUGGCCGAGGGGUUUUGGGAUGGGCUCAUCCAAGCCGCGGCUUACCUUGGACGUGAAAGUGUUCAUAUAGUGUUCGCCCAAGCCAUUGUUGCGAGAUGCAAAUGCAAUUACCCCAAAACGAGGCACCAAAACAAACUACCUCAUCAUUGGACUGAUCUGGCCGCAAACUAAGCCGUAAACCAUUUAUACGAGCAGUUUGCGUCUAAUGUAAGCCGUACUCGUAUAAUGGUUCCUUUCGCGUCUUAUGUAAGCUGCGGCUAUAGUAAGCCGUGGCUUAUUUUCUCUCGUAUAAACGGUUCUAACAUCAUUUUGAAGCUAAAGAUUUGCAUAGUAAUAAGAAAAAUGACAAUUUCACAUAAUGUUUGUCCAACUUAAACGGUGACCUUGUUGGACAUGUGCAUUUCUAAAAAGAAAAUUAUUUGCAGGUUUGCUAAUUCUGUGCACUAAAAACAGACCCUUCCAUGCUUUUUUGAACUUUUGACUUGGCCCAGUCAGUGAAAAUCCAUCAACGUGACUGAAAGAGCACCUUAAAAUCAGUGAAGUUGCCAAGUUUGAGAGUGAUUUGUUAGUGUUGAAAACUAUGAGGGUGUAGCUCCACAAAGUCACAGAAUUUUACAGAUGUUUGUAUGGUAGGGUGCCCCCAUCAUACAAAUGUCUGUAAAAUUUAAUGGCUUUUUGGAGCGAUUUCUUUGCUCUCUUUGGACAUAUUACCUUUCAACUUGGUAAGUUACACUGUACCUUAUUGCUUCGGAGCGAGCGAGCAGCAAUAUAAUCAGGAUUUAAGAGAAAUAUAUAAGGUGGGACAAAUUCUCAAAUUCAUCACUAUUUACCAGAAUGCAUGACAUCUAACCAGAUUGCACUGCGCCACCUUUUUACCAGAAUGCAUUGCGCCGUGAGCAACUUAAAUAAAAACAUGAGGAAGUUUGGUGGGUGAGAGCAUGCAUCGUUCGCUGCUCAGACUCAGAGUUUUCUUUGUGGCAAAUUUUCUAAAGCACAGUUACAGGUCUUACCAAAUUCAGGGUUCGUACGUGUCUUGAAAACCCUUGAAAACCUUUGAAUUUCAGGAGUCCGAUUUCAAGGCCUUGAAAGUACUUGAAUUUCGAUUUCGGUCUUUGAAAGUCCUUGAGUUUUUAUUGAACAAGAUCGAAAAUGUUUUGCACUAUCUGUAAACCCAAAACAUAGAUGUUAACACAAGCAUUUUUCUUGGUUUUGAGGUAAAAUUGUCAUUAAAAAAAGUCCUUGAAAUUUCUAGUUAGGGUCCUGGAAAGUCCUUGAAAAGUCCUUGAAUUUUUGGCCUGAAAAAGUGUACGAACCCUGCAAAUUUAUGACACCCAGGAGUCUUUCAGAUGAGUACGAUGGUUAACUUAGGGAUUGGAUUUAAAUUCAAGAGCCUGUGACUCGUCCGGGAAUUAAACUUGACGACAAGAUGAGCUUUGGCUCUUCGACUCCUCAACAGAGGGGAUAUACAAAUUCCAGCUUGCUAGAAGGUGAUGUGAAAGUGAGAAAAUGUCAUGUCAUGCUAUUCUCAAGAGCCUGUAUGAGCCGAAAAUGGAUGUGAUUUUGACUGCUAACUUCAAAGUAACAGCGGAAAUCGAGUGGCAUUUUGUAAAGCAUAAUUAUGUUCAUUCAUUGCCUGGAAUGCGUUUACAUUGUUUUGUUAGUGUUAAUAGCUUGGUUAAUGCGGCUCGAUCAUCUUUAAGGACGUUCGCGCGAAAAUCUUCUAACAUCGAAUUUUUUCUGAAACUUUCACCAGUUUGAGAUUAUGGGUUACUCAUGUCAAAAAUGUAAAAAAAUUGGGGGUUCACCGAAUUCGUUUCUCAGAGUUGAUUUUAUCAUUUAGCGGACACAUUUCUACUCUCCUAACAGCCGCACAAAUGCCAAAACUCGACGCUCCAUACACAGAAAAACUGGAAAUUUUUUACCUUCCCACAUUGAUUUUUUGUUCAUUUUUUCACAAUCUAUCGGAAAGUGGAAGAGAAAGUGGCAUUUUCUAGAACGUUAUGUCAAACGGUAUACAAGUUCAGUGUUCUCACCAGGAUUUUGCCUUGGGGAGUCCCAGGGCCCCCUCUUCUGAAAAAUAGGGGCCCUGUAAGAAUGUUAGGGGGACAAAGUUACAAAAAACACGCGGUACGAAGAACCUGAGCCCGCACUCCAAAUUGUCUGUUACAUGAAGUACCUACCUGAUCCAAUAUGGCGGAAGAGGUGUUUACGAUUCGGAGGAGGAGUUUACGAUGUAGUGGGACGUGCGUGGGACCAAUGAAAGUAAAGGCAACAAAAUUAAAGACUUUGACUCAUUUGAUAUCAUGUUUUUUUAUUUAUUCAGACAAACAGAAUGCUUUAGUGUUAGGGUGACCAUUAAAACUACUUAAGUCUGUUUGACUCGUAGCUUGCCCCUGCGCCCUAACGGGCGCAUCUUCUUGGUUUUAAUGCGCCAUUUCAGUUUUUUCUUGCGGGAAUCUCGCAAGGCCGCGGCCUGGUGAGAACACUGCAAGUUCCAAGCGAGUUCUUUUGAUGAACUAAGUAUUUUCCCACAAGCUGGAAUGCUCUGCUUAGUCAAGUGUGAUGAAGAUUGAUUUUCAAGUUCUGUGUUUCCAAGUUGGCGGGAGCCGUAAGAUAUCUGAAUUUCAAGUGAGAGUUUGUUAUUAUGGGCAGAGGCUGUUUAGUUUUACUUAAGUUCAAGUCAAGUUUAUUUUUUUUUUGGUAUUAAUCUUCCUCGUGUUAAUCGGACGUCCCUGCGUGCUGAUAGUCACUGAAUAAUAAUGUCCUCAAAACAUUCGAACUUGUAACAUUGAGUUUUAGCCAAUUCCAUGCUCAACGUAAUUGACUCCUUACCCAGGCCUUACAUAUAGUAAAAUUCUGAAAAUAAGCCCCGGGGCUUAUAUUUUUCAAGGGCCCUUUUUGAGGGGCUUAUUUUUGGAGGGGCUUAUCUACGGAGGGAAAUUUGAGUUUCAAAAUCGAUUGGGCUAGCCUUAUAGUUGAAAGUAAAUUGACCGUUUUGGUUUUGUUGUACUUUUUAUUUGAAGGCAAUUUUCCAAGUACAAGGCCACGGGGGGCUUAUAUUUGGAGGGGCGAUUUAACAGAGGGUUUUUUGCGUUACCGGUUUGGGGGGCUUAUAUUUGGAGGGGCUUAUACAUGGAGGGGCUUAUUUUCGGAAUUUUACGGUAUCUUUAAUCAGUACAUAAGACUGCUAUGCUGUUUUUGAAGCCUGAUGUAAGAAAAAUAGAGAAUUCCUUUUUCACUGUUUGUUUUGUUGAACUUGUUAUUCACCGCAAGUAUCCUCAUAUUUGACUUAGGUCUAACUGUUAUAUUUGCAAUUAUCAGCGUUUAGCUUACCACCUUCCCGCUUUUUCUAAAUGUUUGGACCGAAGUCAAAUUUAGAAGGAUUUGUAUGGAGUCAUCCGAGCAUAACUGGGCUAAUAUCUCAGAGACAAUUUGUUCGAAAUGCUAGUUUUUUGCAAGUAGGCCUCUUGGAUGUUACUCUUUUCAGAAUAUCCUGACAAAUGUCAUAAUUUCACAAAUUAACACCUUACUCUUACUAUAUUUCAUUUCUUACUGUUCCUCCACAUUUGCAAUUAAUCAGUUCCACAACCAUGAUGCCGAAGUGUACCCUCCAUAGCGUCUUGUCUAAACAAGGUUCCCAUGAGUUCUUUUUUUGUCUCUUCCAAGCAGAUGGAUCACUGCCUAACUAAUGUCAGUAUUAACAGAAUAUGCGCUGAAGCGUUACUAUCUUUUAGAUACAGACUGUACCCUAGUUUUUAGGCUGUGGGGGACACCUAUCUAUGAAUAAAUUCAUAAAGCAAUAAUUCGCUUGUGCUAAACCUUUUAAAACACUUAUAUCUUGGCUGUUUUAGAGGUGAUUUUGAUAAAAUUUUACAGAGACAUAUUGGAAUGAUGGAAGCGUAGGAGGGUUGUUUCUUAGUUGAUAGAUUGUGCCUUACGGGUGCUUUAAGCUACAGUUGUACCAAAUUGGGAAAUCGUGAUUUUGUGUCCAAGUUUCUGGAAAGAACAGAAGACAGCACCCUGUGAUCAAUUUUAUUAACAAAUGAUUGGUCAAAACCUGUAGUGUGUCAUGUUUAGAGCAGGGUUUGCAAUUUAAAGUUUGCUAGCAAGAUAAAAUCUUUUCAAUCAGAAAAAUCUGUCAUCCCUGAAAUUAGUCCCAUUAUAUCUUUUUAAAAAAGCACUCUUUUAGAAUUCUGCUCCAUACGUGACACACUACAGUCCACCAAGUUUACCAUUUAGAGCCCAUUUGUUACUUUUGAAUUAACAUUCAGUUUGCAGUCUCCUUGCUGGACGUGCAUGUGAACACUUCAAAUCAUGCACUCAGCUUUUAUCCAGUUGUGAAUAUCUCAUAAACCUGUCUAUAUCAGUUGUUGUGCUUUGUGCAGACGCUUUCCCCCGUGACCUUAAUGUGCUCUUUCCCACAAUGCCAAUGGAUAUUUGCUUGCUUCUCUUUAUCAAAAGUUGAAAAAACCGUGGAAGAAUCUAUUCAGAUGUGUAUGCAUGUGUAAGGUCAUGAUUGUAACAAUGCUCUGUUUAUUUGUGCAUGUGACGUUUAGACUGGAACAGUUGUCCAACAACUUGACAGAACUACAAAAGGUAAUGUCAGUGUAAAAGGAGACUGUGGGAUAGGUAAAACCUCAUCCAGGCUCGUCCUUUCUUGGCCCAAAGAGAACCCUCUCUAUGAACUGACCAUGAUGUUUAAGGAAUUACCAGCAGUGUCUGCAAACAGCAAUAAGACAAAGUGGGAGAUGAGUGACAUCACUUUCUUUGCCACCGUGAAGAACAAUGAUGAUUUUUCGAAUUUCUCAGGUAAAUGAGCUAAUAGUGUACCUACUAUUAAUUAUUGUUUGUUCCUCUUACAAAGUAAGUAUUAGUCCUGUUAAGUCCAUCGACACACAGGUUAUAAGAUCACAACUGACAGCACUUUAAUAGGGAACUUAAGCACUAGACGUUCUUGGUACCACGGACACCAACUGGAAGUAUUUUAGCAGAAUGACAGCCACUGCGCAUGUCAAGACAUUCUUGAGCUGCAGUCAUGAACUUCAAAACGCAAGUUCUCAGGUUGAGCACGGAGCUUCAGAAAUUCUGGGUUCUUUGAAGAUUAUUAUUCGUCAUGCAAAAGUAGAAGUUCUUCGUCUGAAAUCAUGUUUUCUGCGAAAGAAAGAAACAGAACUUCACACAAAUCUUUGAAAGACAUUUUCAAAUGGAUUAUUCUGUCGGUGUUUGUGAUGGUUUCACGUUGGUUUGCUUAGUGAUUUGCAUUUGGCGCGUAAACUGCGUCCCCGAUCCAGUUCUGCGCGGCCAGCUAUGCUGUUCAUGAAUCAAUAACGUCUGGUGCUUAAGUUCCCUAAUGAUUAUCGACAACUGCUGAGAAUUUUACGUUCCUAAACCUAAAUCUAUUAUUUCAAGAAGUUUUUGAGAUAUCCAGAAUAUUCAGGUUUGAGGUAAGUGUGAUCAGCUGAGUCCUUGAGCUGAUAACAAUACAAUCAAACCCCACGUAACGGACACCUGCUUAAUAUGGAUACCUUGUCAUUACAGACUGUUCGCUUUGUAUGUUGGCAUACCCACCCUUGUCAAUAACUUACAAAAUAUAUGUUAGUCCUGAACAUCAAUUAUCUAUUUGCAUAUAAUAUAUUCAUGCUAUCUGCUUAUUUAUGGCUUAUUGAUUAUGUGAAACGUGCUACUAAUUUUACUCUGUAAACAGUCUUUCCACUGCCUGCCUAGAUUUGCGGGCUAGUGUCAGUGUUGAAUACUUUGCAAAAUCUCCCAAUAAACUUUGAACUUUUUGUUUUCAACUCCCAGCGUGCAAAGAAAGUCAUGUCCAAUAGCCCAGGGCUAGUGGAUUUUGCUAUCAGGCAAGUGAUUUUUGUUCUUAACUUGUCCAACGGGCAAGUGCUGUUUUUUGGCGGAAAUUCAAAUUACAUAAGGAUUGUAAUCAAUCCUGCUAAUUGAAAAGGGUUUGGGGGUUAGUUGAAAUGACUUGUGGGCUAGUACAUGCUAGCUACAGCUUGCCCGAAUGGCAGGCCGUAAAACUGACUUUCUUUGCACCCUGACUCUCUCUGGAAAGCCCUCUCUUAAAUUUUCCCUAAAUUCCACCCGCUUAAUACGGAAAACCAGGUAAUAUGGACACUUUUCUGUGGCUCCUUUAGUGUCUAUACUAAAGAGGUUUGACCUCAACUUUAAACAGUGAAUGGAACAGCUGCAGCUUUAAAAUACCUUCCUUAGCUUUUGCAAAAUUCUCUUGUUUGACUGUGGUGAUGGCCUGAGGCCUGUCAAAUGCUAUAAUCUUAUAUAGCUUCUUUAUAUGCAGGAAACGCUACAAACAUCACCAGUUUUUACGACAGUUCAAAAGACUUUCAUACAGCAGAACUUGGGUCUUACUACAUGUGUAAAGCUGUCAAAAGCAUACAUAUGGAAAAUGGCUUGGGUGAUGAAUUUAAAGUGGAUUCCAGCUUCUCACAUUUGAAACUUGAGCCAUUUGCAAACAGUACAAAUGGUAGUUUUGGAAAUGGUAAGUGGUAACUGACAUUUUGAUGAUAUGAUGCUGAGGAGAUUCCUGUCAUUCUCCCUGCUAGCAGGGGUAAAAAGAGAGCUUAUUGGCGAUGAGAUGGCCUCCCGGAGAUACAUUCUAAGGCCUUUAUCACACGUUCCUUCCCCACAAACGUCUGCCGAAACGAGUGGUUAAAUUCCUUUCCCUUUGUUCGCAAAUAUCAGCUCGAGAUCAUGUGCAAAUCACCAGAGAACAAGUCAAGGCCAAGUGAUUGUUUGAUACAAGGCCAAUCAUAAGAAUAAAAAUGAUUUAAGUUUUGAAAAGCUUAAGUCGACUCGCAAAGCUUGGAUAGUGUGAUACAUGACCUUAGAGUUAAGAUUUUGCUUUUUUAUUUAAAAUAAGCGGAGGCUCUUUGUUUAAUUAUUUUUUUCUCUAAAGGAUUGUUUUGAAUUAGAUGCUUUUUUCUCGUUAAGGUGUUCUUAAGGUUAAGCUACGGCAGGGUACUACAUUGUAACGAAUAUCCAUUUUUUUUAAAGUCAAAUUCCAUUCAGCAAGCUUAUCCUCUGAGGUUAUUUUUUUCUAUAGGAUUUUUGGGAUGCUAUUCUCACCAAAUAUUUAAUUAACUGAGGAGUUUGUUCUGAGAAAUGUGGGGGUUUUUCCUUGUACAGGGUGCGCCAAAAUUUGUCGAUUGUCCAGGACAGGUAGAAAUACAGUUCGGACAAGUAAACCUUUGACAUAACUUGUCCAUGGGACAAGCACAUUUUUAAUUAGAAAAAGUACAGAAACAGAUGAAAGUUGACUUCAAAUUACAGUAGAAUUAAAAUUUAUGUUAAAGUCAUAAAAGCAAACCUCAUGCUCGUCAAAAUAAGGUUAAAUAUUCCUUUAAAACUUCGCCAUUCCGCGGCCAUUUCAAUCAUUUGUUUUUUUUUUACGAGCUCCAUUUGGCUUAGGAACCUGGCCUUAGUAACCAGGCCUGUUAACUUACCUGCAAAAAGGCUGAUUAUGUGGUAAUUAACAAUUAAUGAAUGAGGCUGAGUAUCUUAUGAAGAAUUAUGGAGGUCGAGGAGGGUGUUGCGGAUAACACCCUCCGAGAUCUCCAUAAUUCUUCAUAUGAUAUGAAAGCCAAAUUCAAUAAUUGUGUUAUUAUUCAGUCAAAAUAAUUCCUAUUUGAAAAACAUGGUUAAAACAUGCUUACCUCCAUCGAUCCAUCGAUGUUAAGUUCAUCUUUGAUAGUGCACGUUUAGGUUUGUCCAGCUCCGCAAAUAUUCUCCGAAUAGAAGAUGGCGCCCUUUGAGUUGUCUUCUUGCUGUUCUUGCCAUGUUUUUGGUUAUUUUUUCGCCUAGUUCUUACUCUUGAAACAAGUGAAAUGUCCGCCAUUUUCUCAAGUUCACAAUCAAAACAACUCAAUCUCGUUCCAAGGUCUUCUCGGUUAACGGUGCCUUAAUCUGCACAAACGCUGCAUUUUUGACAUCAUUUCCUCGUUAAACACAAAAUUCUUUCAAAUUUGGUCAUCAGCAACUGUUUAUGGUGAAUUAUGCCUGUGCUUUUAGCAAGUCAGAAUCGGGCAGUAAAAUAUUAGCCUGCGUGGCAGGCGUUUGAAAGAGAAGGGAAAGGGGUUUGAGGCGCGAGGAGGGAGGGAGAGAAACACCUGCCAGGAAACCAUUGUUUUCGCCAUCCCGCCUACUAAUUAUGUAUGCAAAAAUAACGCAACUGUGAAUGACUAGCUGUCAAAUAAGUCUGGCCACAAUGCGUUUAUUUAAGUCGUAUUUCACGUACUGUUUUUCUUAUGUUUUCCUAAAACAAGAAAUCUGAAGUGAUACUAUUAAAAAAAGUGUAAAUGCGGUCGUCCAUUGAAAGAAGAAAUUCGCAACCAUGUGUGGCUUGUUAUAUAAAAUCCAGCAUAAAUCUAUUACGUUUUUGCUAAAGGUAUCGUGUUGGACUUCCCAACUUGCAUGCAGUGUUUGUCAGAGAAAUUAAUUACAAACACUUUGCUGACUCUCGAACUGUAUCCAGUGCAGCAUACAAAAGAAUGCUGGUAGCAGGGAAAGAAGAGCUGAACUUCAAAGAUCUACAAUAAGGCUAAUUCUGCAAUCAGUAUUAUUAUUAAAGUAAGUUCCUGGCGGCUUAUUACGUCUAUAACCAGCAAGAAGAAGUCCUCAGACCAAAAAUCGCUAAGGAUUAUAUAUCGCUUCGUCUUCAACAAUCUGGUCAUUGAUAAAGCGUAGCCUGCGUGGUAGGCGUUUGAGGUCAAACAGCAGAUAACAAGCACACAGGCAGCAUGAUUUUUCCUUUCUCUCUUCUAUUGGGUAAAACAAGCCGCUGGGAGACAAGACUUCUCAAAACCAGUCAGCAAAACUCAUCUAGCUGACAGGUCUUUUCCUUCAUAGGAGUCUUUUAACUGCUUUCUUCUAUUCUCCUUUCAAGCUGAAAUAGAUACCUUCAGUUUCCAAUCAUUCUAAAACGAUGAAUUCCAUACAGAAAUCUCAUCACGCCUCACUAACAACAUAUUUUUAAAUGAUUACUGAAAGAUUGAUUAAGUUACUCAGUAGCGUGAUGUUGAUUUCAGCCUAUCGGAUUAACGUAUUAAGGCUGUGAUUGACAUGUUUUGAAGACGGACCAAUCAGGAUUUUAACAUUCGCCUGGUGGAUGUUAAAAACGAGAAAAACAAUGGUCUCUUGGCAGGCGUUUCCCUCCCUUUGUAUCGAUGAGCGAUUUCCCGAAACUAUGCCUGGCAACUUUAUGAGCACAUCCAUGUUGUGCAUCGCAAUUUGCUCGACUUGCUUGCUGCUGUUGCUUAACUCCUAAAGUUUGAGUGGGACUUGACUACUACAACACUAGUGUAGUUAAUUGCUUGUUUUCACGCGACGAUUUUGAUUAUUCUGUCAUUCACACGUGGGGCACCAAUAAAAGCAAAGCUGUGAUUGGAGGAGUCACAGUACCGCAAAUGUGGCACGAACACCUUCCAGAAAAUGGGAGCUGAAUUAUCAUUGGCUAAUCACGGGAAAGGAAUGUAGUUGGGUUUUCAGCAGCUGUAAGUGGGAGGAGCAUUGCGUGACGACUCUAAAGACGGCUGUGUAGCAGACUACAGAUUACGAGGCAGAAUAAAAACUAUAUAUUUUCUUUGUUGGUUAAAUUAAUUAUUAACAAACCUCGGCUCCACCUCAAAUCACGGGACACCUCUAUUCAGGGGACACUUUCCUUGUUCCCAAGGGUGUCCCCUGAAUAGAGUUUCCACUGUACUUCCGAGAUUUUUACUACUGCCAAUAAAACUGGAUGCUUUCUGUACAAUUGAUUACCCUCCCCCAGGUAUAAGGUGGAGUUCUUUGGUCAAGUACAAAUGAACGAAACGUCAGAUAUUGAUUAAACACAAAUUUGUUGUUUCUUUUAGUUGGCCUAACUUAAAAUUCUGUUUUUGGUUUAAUGACAGGUUCUCACACUGAUUGCCAAGAGGAUAAGACCACACCAAAAACACCGACAACUGCACCAUCUAAAAAUAACGACAUUGUCCCUAUAGCUGUUGGCUGCGCUUUGGCCGGUCUUGUACUUAUUGUGCUGAUCGCUUACGUCAUUGGCCGUCGCAAGAGUCACAGUGGUUAUGAAAAGGUGUAGACUAACAGUAAUGGCCAAUCGAUAGCACUGUAACAGAAUGCAACAUCACAAGGCGCUGCGCAAGCCCUUUCUUUUACAAUGUUGAUUAGUCAUGCCCUUGAGACUGAUUUUGAUUUACUAUAAUCCAUUCUUGGCUGUGAGGCUUAUUAAAAUAAAACAAAGGAAUUUGUGCAUCCUUGAAUCUCAACGUACAGUUUAACCUCCCUCUCCACAAUGGUCCCCUCGGGGACAGAGGAAAGGAGCCAUUGUAGAGAGGGUUAAAAAAGAGGCAAUGUAUGAACUGUCCGCCAGAAAAAGUGGCUGUUAGUGGAGGUUUGGCGUCUAUUCCUUUAGUCUUUCUCCCUUAGUCUCACAGUCAGGUAUAAAUUAUGAUUUGAUUGUUAUCAAAAUAAGCCUGUUACUGCUCCAAAAUUAAAUAAUUUCAGGUACUGGUAGUUUAUAGGUGACUUCGUGUACACUAUACUCAUCAUUAUCCAAGGGAAACAGUUGGUUAGCCUCUAGCUCAAGUGUGAGAGAGCUUCAGUGCUAUCCUUAUGACGAUGAAAGCGAGACUGUGUCUUGGCAAUGUCAACUGGUACAAACUCCCAAUUUUUUUACAUGUUAUGCAGUAGGUUUUGGAGAAGUAAUACCACAGUUGCAUUACAUUGCAUUAUGUUCUUAAUCAGUCUUGCUUUCUGUUUGGUCUUUUUAUUGUGAUUUGCCUUUUCCCGUAGACGCAGCCCUAAGGUUGUCUUUCAAUAAGCCUAAAGGGUUACGUCACCAACUAUGGUAAUAUUUAUUGGUAGGUAGUAACAUGGUUAGUGGUACCAGAGUUUCUUUUGAGGAGGAAAAAACCCCAGGUAAAUGUGGGUCACUUAUUAUCUGUUAGCCAAAAGUCUUAACGUGGCAGGCUCUUGAAUUCUAGAAUUUUGUUAACAGGAGAGACUUGUCAAGGUAAUGAAAGGUUGUUAAUUUUUAGUUAUCCAUUUUGAGUAUUCUAAAGUAUUGCACAGAAUUUUGUAGCGUUAACGUAAAAGCAAUGAUUACUCAAUGAUCUAUUUAUGAAACUUUCCACUGUGCUUGCUAUUUUUUUAUAACAUUAUUUUUGGAUUGUCUGAGUGUCAAGCGCUCUUUAUAAACAUCUAUGGGCUAUCACCAAGGGCAAGAUCCUUGGGAAGGUCACCAAGAUUAUAUGAGCUGUGUCACAAAAUGUAUCAAAAUUCAAAAGUUGUCCUACUGCCACCAAAUCGAGUAAAUCGUAAAAAUAACUGCCCAAGGCUAAUACAUGUACUAAAGAAGGCAGAUAUGGACAAAUUUAAGAUUUGUCAGGUUUGAUUGGUACUUAGGAGGCACAUUUGUUGGGCAAGAGGUUGUGAUAUUGUCAUUUACAAGAAAUUUCUUUGCGAGCAUGAAGUUCCGUAGCGCAUAAGAACAUGUGACUGGCAAGGUUACCGGUCGUUUUGAUACAAAGUUGUUUUGAUACAAGGUUAUUCAGUCGACUUGUAAAUUGAUUCACCUACUUGGCUUAAGGACUGAAGAAUAGUCAUCCAAUAUGUUUUCUUGUUCACACGCAGGCUAUACUAAGUCUUGAAGUGAUCAAAAUUUGCGUGCAAUUUCACUGCAUAAAUUUGCAUCGAAACGACCGGUUACCAUUGGCAAUAUUGACAAAAUGAGCCAUACAACUAUAACAGUCCCUUUAAUAACUACCUCAACAUGCGGCUGAAUAAUCUGCCCAGGGGGGGGGAGACUUUCUCUCCCCUUGUACCCCCAACGUAUGAGGGGUGGAGAUGCUGGCAUUUCAGAGUAGCAGCUGAAGUGUUUAAUUUGGUGGAAUGUAAAUGUUGUCUAAAGUUAAUCCAGACCUAGGGUAAGCAACAGGUAAAGUAGGCUCGACUUUUUGGUUCGACACUUUCAAGUUUGACACUGCUGAUGGCAACAAUUUUUUUUUUAAUUAUUGCUGAUUACGGUUUGCUUUCACUUUAAGAGAAGAACCGUUGUUUUUUUUUCCUUCUGGUUCAUCAGGGGGCAUCAUUUUAGUACAUAAGCGAUUGAGUUAAUUCAAGUCAGUUCUGUGAUCAACAUUGACAUUCCCCACACUGUCCUUCUUAUAUUUGUUCUGGUACUAAUUAGAAGAAUUUGGUUGGAAAUCAAGACAUUUAAUCUUUGCUAUUUUAUUCUGAUGAGCUUUUUUUUAAAGGGUUAAUUGAUAGAUCACAUGUUGGUAAGCACAUGACAGAUACAAGUUCACAGUAGCUCUGUUAAAAGUGGUAGUUUAGUGGGUGAUUCAUACUAAGUAAUUCUCUUUAAAAUAAUGUUGAUAAAUGUUUCACCAAGAAGCCUUGUAAGCGUAUUAAUCAAUAAUAAAUUGUUGUUUUUAUACAUAAUUAAACCGGUAAGACCUAAAUCCUUUUGAUCUCUGUUUGUUACCAGUCUUGUUAUCCAGACCGCAGAAAAACUCGUAAACACAGCUUAAGUGAACUAUGAGUACAUAAAGUUGAACAUCCCCUCGCAGGUUCUUCCAUAAUGUGGACUCCUCAGUGCUCUUGCUCUUUGUAGUAGGGAACGCGAGACACGCGAGGAGAUAUUUUUACUUCCGCGUGGGUCGGAGGCUCUACCGUCUUGCCUGCUCUUGGGCAGAUAUUGAAUGCUGACAACAUGAGUAAUGAUGAGAGGGUAAGGUACAGCAGUGACCUGUCCAGCUUGCCUCAAAUGUUCAAAAUGAUCGCAACACUUAUGUUGAAGAUAUUUGCGGUUAUUCACCGUGUAUUUUGUCAUUCGUUAUCCUAUAUUCGUAGCCUGCGUAGCAGCAUUGAAAGGGGAAGGGGAUAGGGAGGAAGGAAAAAAGGGAGGGAGAUUGGGGAGAGAGGGUAAGGGACCAUUCCCUUGUCCCCUCUUUCGCACUUUUCUCCCUACCCCUCCCCUCCCCUUUUUGCGCCUGUCACGCAGGCUACUAUAUAUAUUCGUCACUUCCACACCUUCGCAUACCGUAAAUCCUCUAUCCAUCUUUCUCUUACAAGCUCCACUUCUCUUUAAAGCCCCCUUCCCUUUAACCCCUUCCCCGUUAUUAUUGUUCACUGGUAAAUAAUAGAUUGUAUAAUCAAUCACGACUGUAAAACUUCGUGUGGACUGAUCUAGGAUGGCAGGAGAGGAUGGUUAAUUCACCAACUAGAAGUCCCGAUUUGUUUUUGAUCCUCGGCUGCAUGACCUUCAACGUUUUGAAUUUAAGCUUUCUCAAUUUGUAAUUAUAAUUCUUUGUGAAGAAUAGCCUGAUUCUCAGACGUCCGAGGUCGUUCACGGUCCCUUUCGCUUCCCUCCCUCUCUCAGAAUAGCCUGAUUCUCAGACGUCCGAGGUCGUUCGCGGUCCCUUUCGAUUCGCGAACGACCUCGGACGUCUUUUCGAAAGGGACCGCGAACGACCUCGGACGUCUGAGAAUCAGGCUAUGUAAAGAACUGAUACCAUCGUCUUUUCUAAAUUAAAUACGCCCCUCCCCCGCUUCGAAUGUUUUUGAAGUAAAUAAGCCUCCCCGGGGGGCUUAAUAGAGGAUUUAAGGCAAUAUUACUCCACUUGUCUUCAAAACUUUGCAUAAGCAUUUUUUAAGUUUUGCUUGGACUUUCCAUUGUACCAAGAAAAACUGAAUCAUUUGUCGGGGAGGAGCUCACAGAGUUUAAUAUGGAACGCCCUGAUGCCGGGAAAUCGUCUUUUUUAAAGUGCUGUGGUCUGGUCAGGAUUUCAAUGACUGACGCAUAAAAUACCACAUUUCCUCCUAUUCUCUUUUGCAUUGCCCAUAAUGCACAUAGUUCGCCCCUUCCAAAUUUUGUAAUUGUUCCCAAUUUCUCCUGGAUAUUACAGUCGUCAUAAGAGAAAUUAAAAACAAUGCUUUUGCAGUUUUGGGAAGACAAAGAAGCUUUAAUUUAAGGUUUUAUGGGCAACGCGAAAGUGCUGAAUAAUCGUCGUCCCCAGAGGGGACCCCCAUCUGAAAGGGGCGGGGAUGCUUGUUGGAAAUUUCGAAUUAAACGCUCUAUCAGGCCAACAGGAGUCCCCACAAAGGCCUUUGUAUGUACUUGUAAUUGUACAAAACCCUCCAAAAAAAACCCAAAAUAGGAACGCGGGAAAGACUGGGCUCUGACACGUGUCCAUCUGGGCCUCUCAAGCGCCCUAUCACGUGUCUACCCAUACUUCCGCCUCUUCCAGGAACUGUUCCCUUCAAUCGUGCAGAGCAAGCAAAGGGAUUGCGAAUUGCGAAUUUUUAGUAUUCGUCUUCGGCUCGCGUUUAUCAUACAGUUCUCAUCAUGGCUGUACUUCACGGAGUUCUCGGGAUCUGUUUGCUUUUUGCAGGUGAGAGCGCUUUCUUCCCUACUACGUGCUUGUUCUUUCGCGAUUUGUAAUCUUAGAUUAUGACGAGUUUGCGCCAUUUUCAGUGAAUUGCACAUGGAAGAAUGCUACUUGACGCCUCUCAAGAGUAUUUAUUUUAAAUCCAUUUUUAUUAGUGUAGUUUCUCGAUCUUCAGGUUUGCGUUUAAUCGGGCGCUUGUAACUUCGCUAAAACUUCAUGACAUUUGAGCUAACUAACAGAAGACUUGGAAAGCGAAACGCGUUAAUUCUUAUUUUCCGCCUUGUCAGUUUAGUCAUGAAUAUUAAGUCCACGCUUGAUUGUUUUAUGAAAACUCUGUACAUUAAGAAUCAAACGAACAGUAAAUCUUCCAAACGUUUUGCAGAAGAGUGAAAUCACUGAGCAAUUUCUGUUUCAUUUGCACGAAACAUUCCUUUGCCAAACAAGUAGAUAAGUGGAAUCCACUUUGUCGAUUUUAUUCGUUGCCUUUUAACACAAAUAAGUGCGGCAGGUUUUUUUUCUGAAACCGUCACUGUUGUAGACCAAUUUCGAUAUAUUGAAAUUCAUGCUUAGCUACGAGGCUUGAAGGAAUAAAACAAUAUAAAUUAUUCCCUCAAGCCUCGCGAGCAAGUACGAAUUUUCGAGGUGAGAUGUAUGAUGCAUGGUCCAAGUUUCAUAGUCUGCGGUGCAUUAUGGGAGCAAGUCCAGUAAAUUACGUGCCCGCGACGAGCCUAUAGAAAGUAAACAUUACUAAUGCUUCUAUGCUAUGUCAUCAGAACGUUACGACAAUGUAUUUCAAAACACUGAAUCCUAGGCUUUUUAGGACAGCAAUUUGAGUUUAGGUUUUGCUCUGUGGUAAUAUGGAAAUGUUGCAAAUUUUCAAUGAGUUUGCUUGGCUCGUGCACGUGGGAAUUUUGGAUGGUGUUAAAAAAAAAACAAAUUCAAGGCGUAUGUUGAACUAUAAUAAAUAACUUAACACUACGCGUUUAUUUAUUUUUGAGGCAGUUGUUUUAAAACUGAGUAAAAAAAGAAUAGUGUUGAUUUGCUUUAUUGAAAUAAUUAGCAUCCUGGCCUGUGCAAAAAUGCAGCUUAAUCAGGCAGUAAAACCCUAUUCAAUUAAUGUUGUUAAAGGAAGAGGCUUCUAAUUUCUUACUGUGAGAUUUUAAAAAUGAAAUUUUGUAGCUUGCUCGUGCUUAAGAAUUUUCGCAGCCAUUUGAGUUGAAAGCUCUCUUGAACGCCUUCUCACAAAUGGUCUCCAUUAUGUCAGUGAACAUGAACAAGACUGAACUUCCCACGAAACGGUUUACCAUAGUGCACUGCAGGCCAUGAAACAUGGUUCACUGGACCAACCUUAAUUGAAAUAGGUACAUACAGUGAAACCCCACAGGAGGAUAAUUCACAUGAUGUCACUGUGGCCAUAUUGGUGUUCCAAAACAAUGAAACAGUAGCCAUGUUGGUCUACCAAGACAACCCUGUGGGAAUUGAACUUUUUUCUUAUGUAAAAACUUUCUUUUGUUCCAAUAAAUUAGCAUAGAUGCUGGCCACGUGAGUGAAUACAGCCUAUAAGAACCCCGCUAUAAUGAAGACCCUGUUAUAACGAAAAACAUCUGAAAGCCUGUCAGAAUUACAGUAAAAUAUGAAUGAAUGAAUGAACGAAUGAUUGAUUUAUUUAAUGUCAAAGACGUGGGAAGUGUUUACACAAUCUUCUGAGCCAGAGGCUCAUGUUAAAAACGCUUGACAAACUAAAAAAUACAAAACAGGAUAAAAAGUGAAUUAUAUAUAUACAAAUAUUAAGAAAAACCUAAAAACAUCGUAAUUUUGGGAAAAUUUUUUAAGAAACUAUUUUCUGAAAAAAAAAAACACUAAAAUAACCUAAGAACAUGCAUGGAAAAUAGUUUAAAACGGACUAAUCAUUAUAAACUGAUUAAUUAUAUUAAAAAAUAUAAUUAUAUCAGUAUAAUUAUAUAUGUAUAUAAACUAGCCCAAGAGUAUGUAAAAAUGUAAAAAUAGAUAAAGUUACGUACAGUUCAUACAUUGGCACCCUGUGAAAUUGACAUUAUUAAGGCGAGUACGAAAUUGCGCUAAAGUGGUCGAGGAUUUAGUUACAGUGGACAAUUGAUUCCUUAUGUGGGCAAUCAUGUAUAAAAAAGAGUUGUGCAUGACAAGGCUGUUAUACGAAGGCUGCUCAACAUUAUUUUAAUCUGCUGUUUCGUAGAUUGCAUUUAGUUAGCCGAGGGGUAAAAAAUUUGGAAAUAUAAUUAGGGCCACCUAGUUUAAAACAUUUAAAAAAUAAGAUAAGCGAUUGCAGGGUACGUCUUUGCUCAAGCUUGUCCAUAUCAGCCAUUUCUAGGCAAAAGUCAUAGGUAGCCGAAUUACCUAAAUUCAGUAAUGUCUUGAUCGGAUAAUGAUUGGUACGUUUGAUGUUAUUUUUCAAGACUAGAUAUGCCCAGAAGUAGUGGGCAACAGUAUUCUAAAUGCGGUAACACGUAGGCUUUAUAAAGGGAAAUCCUAACAUUCGAAGGAACUAGGCGCUUAAUUUUCCGUAGUGCGGCUAUCUUAGCAUACGCUUUCUUCAGCAUGAUUGCCACGUGUGGCUUGAAAGACAAAUCCCGAUCCAAUGUAAUGCCCAGAAUCUUGAGAUUGAGGUUCAAUUUCGAUGGACUUAUCACCGAUUUUUAAGAUUAUAUGGGUACUGAGAUUUCCCCAGUGUCAUGGCCUGAGUUUUAGUAGCGUUUACUUGCAGGUAAUUCGCAGUGAACCAGAGGGUUAAUCUCUCUAUAUCCUGAUUCAGUGUAAAUUCUAGUGUACAGGGGCUCUCAUGGGCUAUAUAUUGCAUUGUGUCAUCAGCAUACAGACGUAGGGAGGAAGAUCCAGCUGAGUAAUUGACAUCAUUCACAAAGAUAUUAAAAAAAAGCGGACCUAGAAGGCUCCCUUGCGGUGUUCCACAGCGAAGAGGCAGCCAGUCUGACACCUUCCCGUUGCAUUUUACUCGUUGAAAGCGGCCUGAUAGAUAUGACUGAAUCAGUUUUAUAGCUGAAUCGUGAUUGCCAUAAGCUUUCAGUCUUGCUAGUAAUAAAUUAUGACAAAUCGAGUCAAAGGCUUUGGAUAGGUCAAUAGCGAUCACCGCCACAUCCUUGGCAGAAAUGUACCCUACUGUAAGGAAUAGAUUUUGAUGGUCCCAAUGCACAAUUUACCCCGCUAUAAGGAAUAUUUUGUUCGGUUGCUCACAGCAGUCAGUAAAAACAACAGAUUUGAGUAGAAAUCACAGCUUGCUUUAAUUGAAAGUGUUUUUGAAUUUGAUGUCUUGAUUGUCAGCGUUUUACACUUACAGUUUACAGUAUCAAAUGAAUUAAAAUGUUUUCUACAUGCAGUAUUGAAUUUUUGGUAAUUGUUAUUUAUUAAAUUACCCCACUAUGAUGAAUAUUUUUGCUGUUGAUGAGAUAAUUCAUUAUAACAGUUUCUUCGCUAUAACAAAGACCCUGCUAUAACGAACAACUUUUCGGCACCGUGGCACUUCGUUACAGCGUGGUUCCACUGUAUUGGAAUUGCUCCAUUAAGUAUAUUGUACAAGUGUUGGUUGCAUCAUUUGCAGGUAAAUUUGCUUGUAUUCAUUCUCCAAUCUGUCCUUUCAAAGGGUGGGGUAAGGUGAAUUGGGUGGGACUGGAUCUAGUAAAAAUAAGUACCAAAAGGCACAAAUCAAAACGGUGUUCUAAGAAAAUCAGCAUCGAAUUCAAAUAUCAUCAAGAGCUAUUGUCUUGAUUUCAUAGCCAGCUAUUACUGAAAGGAGUACAGUGAAACCCUGCCUUACGGCAACCUCAGUCAGGGUUGUCAAAAGUAGCCGGCUGCCAGUGAAAAUCGCCGCCUACUUGGUUCGUAUGGGCAGGCUACCCUUCUUAGCAUUCUUUAUGGAUGGCAUUUUUUAAAUAAAAUAUCCCCGGACUUGCCGCUUACUUUGAAAACUCAGCAGUCUACUUCAAAACUUUCUGACAACCCUGCUCAGUAAUAUGGUCGCCUUGUUAUUGUGUCCACUUUUUUUUGGCCACCUGGCAAAAACCACCAUACAUUUUCCUGUAAAAAAAAACCCUUGUUAAUAUGGCUACCCCCUUAAUUUGGCCCAUUUGUGACUGUAUUAACGGGGUUCCCCUGUACUACUUGCCUCUUCUUACUGAGUUGUAAUUAUAAAAUAAUUUAAUGCAUCAAACUUCAGUCCUUUGAGACUUGAACUCUGGUGCUGUUUUAAAAUCUGUCAAAGUUUAAUGAAAGAAGGCAUUGGUUUGUCUAUUAAACUGCAAGCCUGCAAAUAACAGCCAGUCAUUGGUCAAAUGACCAACAAAUUUUGGAUUUUGACGGGCUACAGCUUGGCCUGGUCGGUCACUCUCUCUUCCUUUUUUCCUUUUUUUGACCUACCAAACUGGUGUCUUGACCCGCAAAACCUGGUCCUUGUCCAGUCAAAUGACCACCCAACAGCCAAAAGUUAUUUGCAGGCUUGAACUGUAAUUCUUAUAUAAACACCAAUGAAAUACCAGGUGAACUUUUGCGCGAAAACAUGAUAUCUUCACACGUGAGAAUAACAUGUUAUCUUUACUUGUGAAAAGAUCACUGUUGCUAUGGCUACAUAACUAAUUGCACCUUUCACACCAAAAAACUAUUUAAGUGAGAUGGUUUGGUAUUUCAAUAGUGUUUACAUAAUAAAUAGAACAUUACAUGGCCCCUUGGAGAUACGAAAUUUCUCUUCUUGUUUUGAAAAAAUAUUUCACUUGUUCGCUGCGCUCACUCGUGAAAUAUUUUUCAACCCUCGAAGAGAAAUUUUGUAUCUCCAAGCGACCAUGUAAUAUCCUCUAUGUAUUUUUGCCUUAUGUCAUUUCCUUUUAGUUGUUUUGGUUGAUAAUAAGGGAAACAGCAUGAGCGCUUCAAGCCCAGCAGUUAUAGCAAAUGGAAGUGCUACACAGAAUCAUUCCUCUAUGGUGCAAAACUCAGCAUCGACAGCCCAUGUUAACCCAUCCUCCAUGUCGAUAAACAAGACUGCAACCAUGACGAUCAAACCUUCGCAAAAUAAGACUUUCACUCCUUCUCACAUGACAUUUACACCAUCCCACAAUAUGACUGUCACACCAUCCCACAAUAUGACUGUCACACCAUCCCACAAUAUGACUGUUACACCAUCCCCCAAUAUGACUGUCACACCAUCCCCCAAUAUGACUGUCACACCAUCCCCCAAUAUGACUGUCACACCUUCCCACAAUAUGACUGUCACACCAUCCCACAAUAUGACUGUCACACCAUCCCACAAUAUGACUGUCACACCAUCACAAACAAUACCAACGCCCCCUGUAACACCAACUCCAACACCAACACCAACGUCAACACCAAUCCAUCCCGAGCCAGGCAAUUUUACUGUCACGACGAAGAACCACACAGUGUGCUUGUUUGCUUACAUGGCAGCCACGUUUCAUGAGCCCAUGAAUAUUGCAAAGGUAUGGAAGUAUUUAUUUGCACUGUUUAGCAAUGGAUCUUCAUUACAGCAGAUCCUCAAUAUAACGAUGUUCAGAGUCCUUGUUAUAAUGAAUGAUUUUAUUUACCCCAGUACUGGUAAAAUGUAUGGAAAAGAACCUCUGUAUAAUGAAACCUCGCUAUAGCGAACACGUUUUGCCAGUCCCUUGGCCCUUCAUUAAAUUGAGGCUCCACUGUAUUACUGUUACCACUGGGCAAUCAAGGUUGGGUCAUAUAGACAUUCAUGACAGUGAACAUAAUAGCAAUUUAAACCUUUUCUGUUACCUAACCAAAUAUCAUUUUACAUCCCGGUCUAGCCAGACUAUUGUCCAGUGCCUGACCACUGUUUUUUGUUUUUGCCUCUAACGUUUUUCUGUGAAGGUUGUACAAAAAAACCCAGUGGAAUGCCUCAUAUUAGCUUUGGAAAGCCAGUUAUGGCUCCCUUAGUCAUCAGCUCUCAAUUGUAUCAUGAAAAACAAAAUAUUAUUAACUGUACAUUUAUUUUAUUAUUAUAUUAUUAUUUAUUGCUUUACAGAUUGUGUAUUUGCCAGCGAAUGCUACAGCUACUGGAGCCUGUGCAAAUUAUCCUUCCAACGACAAAUCGUUUAUUACCCUGUCAUGGCAGUCAAAAGAGGUUUCUUUUAACUUCACAAUGCACUUUGUCAUAGUCAAGGGCAAAAAUUUGCAAGUCACAUCCUCACCACGCUGGGCUGCUGCAAAUUUGACGUUUUCAAUGAAAGGACCUGGACUCUCUGGUAUGACUGCAUAUCAACUUAUUGUAACUCAAAGGAAAAUAAAAAGGCCACUACAAAAAAUACUAUAAUCUCAAAUUGCAGUUUGGGUAGCGCUGCAUGUAAAGCUGAUGUUCACAUUAUCUUUUGCCCUUUGCACGAUCUGCAAGGGCAAUGGCUGAUUUCCAAAAAUACAUGUACCUUAGUAAUAGUGUAAAGUGUCAUAAAUUUUCUGGCCUUUUUUGCCGGCACAAUCAUUAGAAUUCAGGGUAUUUAUAGAUAGAAGGCUUCCACCAUAGAACUGUGAUUAAAGAAUCCACCAAUUCCACUUGUCUUCCCUCAUGCCAAACCCCUGAACAUAUUAAAAAGAAAACAGUACUUAACUAUAGUUUAGCCAACAUCAGAACAUUAGCAUAACUGUGUUUUCACCUAAACAUGCUAAGUAUGCAAUUUUUUGACAAACUGACGUAUUGCAUGUGCAAAUUGUGUGCAAAAGUAAGGUUAAUGUGAAGUGCCGUAUUUAUUUGAUUAAACGCCACAGCAUUUAUUAAAUUUUUAGCAUUUCCAAUGCAGCGUUUACUUAGGGCAGCGUUUAUUUCCAAAUCACAACAGUUAUUGUAAUUCGUUUGUAAAUAUAAUUUAUGUAAUUUAAUGUCAAACUCAGAAAACCAUGAACACCUGAAAAAUUUCAGGAAUCAGUGCUCGACUUUCAGAAAAAAUCGUGGGGGCAGCUGGCCCCCAAGUUUUCAUUUUUUGUCGCCAGAACAAGUAUUCUGGUCGCUAAAAAUUAUAUUUAAGAAUUAAUGGAUUUAGUUUUCUGAAGGAUAAUGGAUUAUCAUUAGUGUACGUUUUCCCAAAGAAGACAGUCACCUAUCUUGGGGGCCAGGUAAGCGACCAGGCGUGAAAAUUUUGUUGCCACUGAGUAAAAGCUGGUCGCAUUGGCGACUCCACGGGUCGCAGCGUCGAGCCCUGGGAAUUAUAUUUUGUGUGUUGCAUAAAAAGUACUUAUCUCUAAGUUAGGGUAGCUUACUACAGAAGUCUCAUUAGACGUGGCACAAUGACCCCCUUUUGUGUCCUAAAUAACUGGCCAACCACAAUAAAGUUCAGGACGUGAACAAACCUCAAAACCACAAACUAAUUACCGUUGCUGUUUGUGGUUUUGUUAUCACGUGCCUUAUUCGCUUAUUUCUCGCAACACAAUAGCAUUCCAUAAAUAUUUCUGGUGUUCACGGAUUUGUGAGUUUCACGGUAAUACUUUGCUACUGAGAGAGAAUCGUUAAUGUCUGGAUUGUGUAAAUUACCAAGUUGUACUGAGGUUUUCCUUAUUCCCCUCGAGUAAACACUGUAUUCUUCUGAUUAGGUGAUUUUGCUUCCAUCUGCGGUGUUUGAUCGAGUAAGGUGUUUAUUUGAGGGAAUAGAUAUGGUACUACCCAAAUGGCACUCUGAUAUUAUGGUAUAUUUCAAAGUGGCCUAUUUAGCAUGAAUAAAAAAAAUAUAUUUUUCCAUGUGCUCCAAAAUGCAGAAGCAGACAUUUGGUUAGCUUGAGAAAACAGCUGUCAUUUUGUGAUGCCAGCACUGGUUUCCCCUGCAUUUUAAGAAAUGAGGACAGAAAUUUGAUCCUGAUGAUGUGUCAUUACCCAGAGCUGGGUACCGGUAGCACUUCUCAUUGGCUGAAGCAAUUUUCCCUUGUGGCGCAACCAAUCAGAAGCACUACCCAACUCUGGGUAGCUAGUGAUGCGUCAUUAGUAUUGAGUUUCUGCAUUUUUUUUCUUAGACAUCAUUCUGUGGGGAAACCAGUGGUGGCGUUGCAUAAUAACAGUUGUUUUCUCGGUUAUUAGAAGAAUACUUUGUACCUUUCUUUUUAAAAGAAGCGGGGUGGGGAGAAAUGAGACAUCAGUAUUCAGAGUUAAUGUUUAACAUAGUUUACUAUGGGUAUGGUUUCUUUGCAGAAACAUUUCAUUCUAAACAAGAGCCACUGAAUGAGGUUUCAGCUCCUUUGGGUCAUGCAUACCUGUGCAAAGCUAAUUUGAAACCCAUUAAACUGACAGCUGUCAAUUCCAGUGUGGAUGUCUCACUAAUGGAUGUCAAGUUCCAACCCUUUGAAGUUGAGAAUGGACAGUUCAGUAAAAAUGGUAAGGGCAGGACGUUGACUAGGCAAACUACAAUCAGGUGUUGUGCUUGAAAUUAAGCAUACACCUCUCAUGUUAGCAAGAAGUGUUGACUGAUGAUAUGACGUGCACAAAUAUUAUUAGAAAACGUUUCUGAAUUUUGAAAUGGCUGGUGUGCCUUGAGUAAGCUUUUGUGCUCUUAUCAGGGCUCGAAAUAACGGCCGGUCAACGGACAAUGUCCGGACUGAUUGGGGAGUUGACCAGUCAACUUUUCGUCUUGCCAGUCAUGUUGACCGGUCACAAUCGAUCGUAUUGAAAAUGAAAUCAGUUGUUUCAAUUGUUAUCAGUAUGUAGCGAGUCGCUGUGCAUUGCGAAACGUUGAUCUGAAAUCCUGGGUGAAAUACAACUACAACCGUUGUUUACAAUUCGCGCAUUGAAACAGACAUUGGGGUUCACGCGCUUUCAGUCACAAAAUUUAAAAUAUUUUUACUUUUAUGAGUUAAGCAACAACUUAAGGGCGUCUGAUCGGUCGCGAAGAAAAAAGUCAAGUUUCGCGGGAUUUUUAGAGAGAUUUGCAGAAAAAUCGGCUGAUAUCGCGGGAAUUUCGCGGAAAUUUUCGGGACUAACUUCGCCGAAAAACAAUAGAUAAAAACGACCGAUUUCGUGGGAAUUUUCUGGACAAAUUUCGUGCUUUUGUGCUGAUCUGACGAGCAUGUUUAAAGUUUUUUAACAGAGAUAAUCACUUGCUAUUUUAACGACAAAGCGCUCGAGAAAUGAGCCAGUGGCAAAGCUUUUUAAAACAUCAUGACUAGUGCCCAGUUGUCCCCAACAUAACUUAUGCCUGGUAGUUUUGGAAUGUUGUUCGCUCGUUGUGGGGAUGAAGUUGACGGCAAUUAACAGCCCCAAUAGCCGAGAUAAGUUUCAAAUAUGUUGUAUCGACAUGUAUUAGAUAAGAUUUCUAACAAAUUUCGCGGCCCCUUGACCCCACGAAAUAUCUGAACCCACAGCUGUUUUUUGGCCCUUGUUUUAAGAGUUAUUUGUCUCAUAAAUUUGACCGGCCAGAAACGAUAAGUGACCGAGUUAAAAUGAAUUUGGCCGGUCAUCGUGUCUGAAGGCUCUCCGGAAAUUAUUUCGAGCCUUGUCUUAUAAGCACCCACCACCACGAUGUCAUAAUAGGCUGAUUUGGCAACAGAACGGGAACGUCACUUGACAAUGGCACGUGCAAAUCAAACAGCUGGUUUGACAAAUAACUGAGCGGCAAAUUGGGUACCGGAAGCGGCGUACAGUCCUUUCCAUGCACUUUUACCCGUCUCGUCAACUAACAUUUCCGUUUUGUUGCUAAAUCAGCCUAAUAUCAAACUAGCACCCCCACUGAAUAAACGUCCCCCUUUGAUGCCCCAUAACCCUCUUAAAUAGAUGGGAUACAAGGAAUGCAUGUGUUUAAGCUUCAACUUCAUUUAUACCAAUACUUCUGUGUGUUAAGUGUAUAAUAAUAUUGAGGUUACUGUUUGCUUGAUUACCAAAAGGAGGGAAACUUAAUAAGUGCCCCUCUGAGAAAAGAAUUAGCGCCCUUCUUUCAGUAAGUGUCCCCUCUUUUCACCGCAAUUUUAAAUAAGCAUGUGGAUACUUGUUUGGGGAAAUACAGUAAAUAAGAUUAUCUUGUUUAAAGACCUGGUAAUCCAUGCCAGUGACACAACUUUGUAGCCUGAAUUAUUUUUAUUCGAUUGCUUUGAGUCGUUUUCUCUUUACUGAGGAAGUAAUAACCACUUGAAGUAAUCGGAUGAAAUUCAAGCUAACACCUUUGCCCAUGAAGUCUAUUUGAAAAAUUAUACCCUGAUCCAGGCAUUUUAGUGCAAGGUAAAUAAACCUCUUAUUGUCUCUAUUUUGUCCUGUUUUGUGCAUCAUAGUGGAUAACUGUGUUGCAACGACAGCAUCCACCCCCACGAACCCCUCCCAUACAACACCAAAGCCACACAAGGAAAGCCACACAGUGGCAAUUGCUGUUGGAUGUACACUGGCUGGGCUUGUUGUUAUCGUUGCCAUUGGCUAUCUGAUUGGUAGGCGUUAUAGACGUAACACAUCUGCUGGGUACCGCAAACUGUAACCAUAGCAACAUUGGAGGCUAGAAAGAAAGCUUGCAAAAUUAUUCAGUCUGGAGUAUGCUAGUAACUUGUACACCCAAUAACUAUAUAACAGUGAGAAGGAUGUUUCAUAGAGAAUUGAGUCAAUAAUGGUAAUUGCGUGCAAUUUUUUUAAAAUAAAACUUCCAAGUGCUUAAAUUCUUUAUCAGACACCCUCACAAGUGAGUAAUGGUAUUGUGUGAAAACCAGUGUCAAUUCGUAGAGAAAAUCAAAACAAAAAUAUAACAUUUGUCGAUUUUCUCUUAAUGAAUAAUAAUUAUUGUUGGACAGUAAUUAAGGUAAAUUGGGAGACAACCUGUGAUCAUGUUUUCUUUUUGUAUUUGACUUGCAUUGUCUUAAUGCAAUUUGCUUUUUACUUUUUUGAGAGAAAUUUUUCAUUUCCCUAUGUUUGUUGUUAAUGCCCGACAUUCAACUCUAAAAGUGGACACCCCUUUAGGUGAAUCUUUGUUUACAUUUUCUGCCUCAUUAACAUAUGCUCAUCAUUAUCUGAUGAAGCUAAUAAAAUAAAACCUCUGAAUAUUGAAAGAGCAAAACAAUUUCAGUUAUCUCUGAAAAUUUGAUCCGGAUAUACCAAAUGGUUUCGGAGAAAUUCUCUUUUAAAAACUCAAAAUUUUGCAAAGAAUGUAUGUCUCAUUAACUUUUUUGCCACUCAGCAAUUUUGCAGUUUUUGCUGGCUGGUAUUUCCUUCAGCUCUUUCAACUUUUGAAUUUAGUUCCUAUAGACAGCCACGGCUUCUUUGAGUUAAGUCGUAUGCUAAUCAAGAAAAAUGUAAACAAUUACGUCAGCAAAGAUUCGCCUAUCAGGGGUCAUUGCUGGUUUCAUCUACUGCUGCCAGCCCACUUUUAAUUUUGUGUCUAUACAAAGCAGACAGUUCAAGCUGAUUGCAAGCUUCUGCAGCCCUUUCCCUUUGGGUAGAGGGGGCCACACCUUAUAGUGGUUUUCCCUGCUCAGGGACCUUUUUCAGGCGAUAGGUAUAUAAAGUAGAGUCCUUAAGUGUGACGUCAUAAAAAAUUAGAUUUGUGAAAUAAUUUCAAAAAAAUCUAAUUUUUUAUUUAGGAUUUUUGGGGGUAUUAUGAAAGGACAACAUCCAAAAGGCCUACUUGCUAAAAAAUUAGCAUUCCAGGGCAAAUUUUCUUUGAGAUUUUGAGCCGGUUAUGCUCUCAUGGCCUAUGCUUUUACCUGUCUAUAAAAUAGGUUACUCUAAAAAAAGUGUUUAGAAUAAAAGUAGAAAAUGUGAUACUUCCUUUGUAUCUCCUUUGUCAUUUCAAGGGCUGGAAAGGGAUGCAUUGUGUUAACUGUGUAGGUACAUGAAAGGGGUAUAUGUAACAUGUAACAUGAAUGAUAGGAGGAUGUAGUUUAUGAAGAGGCCCUGUUAGGAUAAAAUUCUGACAAGCAACGCAACCUUAAAACAACAUCAUAAGACUAGAUGAAAUAGUAUGGGGUUGAAUACCAACAGGGACAUGGCUUACUCCAAAGGGUUAAGGAUUUGGCUGUGGGGGUGGAAAAACAUUGUUAGGUUCCCCUACCUCUCCACCCUGAUGGCUCUGGUGUCCACUUUAAAGAGUUGGCUGUGUAGAUACUUCAUUUUAAUUUGAUAGCAACGCUCCAGAUUAAAAUUUAAUGUCCUGCAAGCAGCAAUCCCAGUCAUAUUGUUGAAACGCUUGCCAAUUUCUUGGCCUCCUCCCCCUCAAUGUUGAUUUUGCAGACUUUUAUGACCAAGCAAACCUGUGAGAGGGAUGCGAUACAUGUAUUAGCGGAACCACUUAGUUUAUCUUGUGUUUUCCAGAAGUGUUUCAAUAAAAUAUGACUGGUAUGGGGGUCCAUUGUAGGGGUGUGAGCUGCUGCUUUGAAGUUUCUCACAUAAAAGCAUAAAUGUGACACAAUACCCCAACGUGAAAGAAAUCAAACAUAGCGAGACUUUUGUUUGUUUGAAGUUAGAGGUGAUUGAUCUUUUAUACUUUUUUUUAGUGGUAGUCAUCAUCCUAGCUUUAUAGGGAAAUUGGUGUAAGCUUUAAACUUAAUAGUUAGCAGUAUUUUGAUAAAAUUAACCUCUCUGGUUAAUCCACUUAAUAAGUCAGUGUGAUCGUUUAUUUGACUUUAAAAAGGAUCAUAGUUUCAGGGUUGUCACUAAGAUUUCAAGUUGCCGGGUAAAUACAACAAGUAGGCGGGGAAUCAAACGGCUAGGGAUUUCUUUUGGUUCUAUUUUUCUUCUAUUUUCCAAUAAAAGUAGCCGG